AUGACAAGCGACGACCAGUUCUUCUUUGACUAUCUUGCGUCCAUACCCCAUGACGUAAGGCGAUAUUCGCUCGAAGUCGCCGACUCGAUCGACCGUCAGGUUGACCAUGCCGCGACCGUGAUCCGAAACACCCUGUCCGAGCAGACAUGGCUGCCACCCACAAUCAGGCCGUCGACCCGUGCUUCCCAGAGCAUGCGCGCAUCGCAGGGCCUCACUGAUCGAGUGCAGAACUGGAUGUCUCGGAAUCGCGCGUGGACGGCCGCUAUGCUUGCAUUUGUUGGGACCGGGUUCGUUCUGAUAUAUGGAAGUAAGAAGCUGAAUGGGAAGAGGCGCAAGGCUAGGAAAGCCGGUAACGGCGCCAGGAAAGAGAUCGUGGUCGUCGCCGGAUCACCGCAUGAGCCGAUGACUAGGGUGAUUGCCUCGGAUUUGGAACGCCGAGGAUAUAUCGUCUACGUGACGGUUUCGUCAGCCGACGAGGAGCAUAUUGUUCAAUCGGAGCACCGGACAGAUAUCAAGGCACUUUGGCUAGACCUCACAACCACAUCUUCUUCACCAUCCGAAAUCCAUCCUUCGUUGCAUGAGAUACGCUCCUUGAUCACCCAGCCCCAGUAUCCUGUUGCUGGAGUGCCCCCACACACCUGCCAGUUGAGCGGGCUGGUGAUUCUCCCGUCACCCAACUAUGCCGCCGGUCCCGUGGCGACGAUUCCCCCGUCAUCGUGGGCCGACACGGUCAACACGCGCCUUCUUUCCCCCAUCCUCAUCGCGCAGCUCUUCCUCCCUCUCCUGACUCUCCGCAGCACCAGCAGUAGCAUUGUUUUCACCUACCCGUCCAUCUCAUCAUCUCUCUCUGCGCCCUUUGCUGGCCCGGAAGUCGCCACGACCCGUGCCAUCUCAGGGUUCGCAACCUCGCUCCGCCAGGAACUGCGCCUCCUCCAGAACGGCAACGUCGAUGUGGUUGAGCUCCGACUCGGCAAUAUCGACCUGGGACCUGCUUACCGAAACGCGCAGAACCAGAUCGCCGGGACCGAGGUUCUUGCGUGGAGCGCGCAACAGCGAGCCUUGUAUGGGUCGCAGUAUCUUUCCAGCAUUGAGCAGCGACCCGUUGCAUCGGCAGGGCCUAGCAUUGUGCGAGGAUCUCCUGUGCGGAGUCUCCAUUACGCUGUGUUGGAUGCAUUGGAGCCGGCGCCACGGGAUCUGUUUGGGCGCAAGACCCCCAAGAAACCGGUGAUGUAUGUCGGCCGCGGAGCUUGGUCGUACAGCGUUAUUGGUGCCUGGGUUCCCAGUGGACUUGUCGGGUUGAUUAUGGGUUAUCGCAGUGGUGGAAUGAUGGAGAGCCCGAGUGGCAGCAGCAGUGAAACCAGUUGGGAGAGAGUUUAA